GGAGGCGGGCCGGAGUGCGGUGUCUGCUUCCCAGGCCCAGCCCGGCUCCCCUGGCCCCGGCCGGCGGGAGGCCUCUGAGAAGGCCCGGGGAGGAAGGAGAGCGAGGAGGAGGAGAGGAGCCAGGCCCACGGAGGCCCUUUCCCCAAGAUGGAGAUCAAUCCCGAUGGUUUUGGCCCCGCCGGGGAUGUCCUCAGCCCAGAACCCACCUGCUACCAAUGCUCCACUUGCUGCGCGGAUGAGGAUCGCAGUUGCGCCAGCGCCAUGCGGAGCCGCUCCAAGACGCGCAGUUUAUCUGCUUCUCCGGCCCUGGGCAGCGCCAGAGAAUUCAGGAGGACGCGCUCCUUGCAUGGACCAUGCCCAGUGACCACGUUUGGACCAAAGGCCUGCAUGCUGCAGAACCCCAAAACGAUCAUGCACAUUCAGGACCCAGGAAGCCAGCGGUUGACGUGGAACAAGCCUCCCAAGAGCGUCCUCGUGAUCAAGAAGAUCCGGGACGCCACUCUCCUGCAGCCCUUCAAGGAACUCUGCAUCUAUCUCACAGAGGUCAACAACAUGAUUGUUUACGUCGAGAAGAAAGUGCUGGAAGACCCAGCCAUCAUGAACGACGAUAGUUUUGGAGCAAUGAAGAAAAGGUUUUGCACUUUCAGAGAAGACUAUGAUGAUAUCUCAAACCAGAUAGACUUUAUCAUCUGCCUGGGAGGAGAUGGGACCUUGCUGUAUGCUUCUUCGCUUUUCCCGGGCAGCGUGCCUCCAGUUAUGGCUUUCCAUUUGGGAUCGCUUGGAUUCCUCACCCCUUUCAAUUUUGAGAAUUUUCAGUCCCAAGUCGCUCAGGUUAUCGAAGGCAACGCAGCACUUGUUCUGCGAAGUCGACUUAAGGUGAAGGUGGUCAAGGAGCACAGAGAGAAGAAGAUGAUGAUCCAGAACGGGAUCGAAGAAAACGGAGUGAUGCCUCCUCCAAGUCUAGAGAAAGAAGUGUUCAAGCAAGCGAUUCAGUAUCAGGUCCUGAAUGAAGUGGUGGUGGACCGAGGCCCUUCCUCUUACCUCUCCAACGUGGACGUCUUUCUCGAUGGGCACCUCAUCACCACGGUGCAAGGAGAUGGUGUCAUUGUGUCCACUCCGACGGGCAGCACAGCCUAUGCAGCAGCGGCCGGCGCGUCCAUGAUCCACCCCAACGUCCCUGCGAUCAUGAUCACCCCCAUCUGCCCCCACUCGCUGUCCUUCCGGCCCAUCGUUGUUCCUGCAGGAGUGGAGCUGAAGAUAAUGCUUUCUCCUGACGCCAGAAACACAGCAUGGGUUUCCUUUGAUGGGCGGAAAAGACAGGAAGUCUGCCACGGGGACAGCAUCAGCAUCACUACCUCUUGUUACCCUCUCCCAUCCAUCUGUUUCCAAGACCCUGUCAGUGACUGGUUUGAGAGUCUGGCCGAGUGUUUGCACUGGAACGUGCGGAAGAAGCAAAAUAACUUUGCGGUGGAUGAGGAAGACGAGUUUUGAGCGCUAUCCCUGUGUCUAAAAUUCUAUUUUUUACGCCGAAAUCUGCUGGGACUAGACCAAGAAAUAUAUAAAUAUAUAAAUAUAAAUUUUCAAAGAUGACAGCGAUGUACCUCAUAUCCGUCUGUUCUGCUGCUGACCAGAGACGUCACCUUUUCUGUCUGUCGGGAACACUUUGAGAGUCACAAGUAGAGACUCCUUUUGUCGAGCGGAUUGUUUGUUUGUCAGCGUGCGCUGUGUUUCCCAGCAAAGAGAAGCAAAGCGUUUUGCAGAAGCCUUAUUAAAACCAUUGGCGUUUCUUUGGACUUGUUUCUCACGGGGGCUUAUCCCAGAUUUUGGUGAAUUUGCAAAAGGCUGUUGCAACGGCGCUCGUAAAACGUGCACUUAGCAAAGCAAGAAGGAUCGGUGGGACGGUUCCUUGAGGUCCACUUUUUUUCUGGCUUUGGUUUACGGAAAAAGGUUUUCAUGCUGGGUUUUCCCAUU